AUGAAGAAAAUAUACAUACGCAAUCUAGCACUGUCAUCGAAUUGGAAGUCUAAACGGCAAAGAAAAGGGGAACAUCCCAAUGUGGAAAAGGCACUUGCUGUUUGGUUUGAUGAGAUGCGUGGCCAAAAUGCUAUUGUAACCAGUUCAAUGCUUGUGAACAAAGCGAAAGAACUUGGUAUUCAAAUGAAUGAAGAAUUUGAACCAGAUUAUAGUUGGUUAUUUCGGUGGCGCAGGCGCUUUAAUAUAAAUUUUAACUUGGUUCAAAGAGAAACGAGUAAGAAUGAUAAUUUAGAAGUCGAUGACUUCAGCUCUAUGGUUUUACCCAACUUACUUAAUGAAUAUUCACCUGAUUGUGUUUUUAAUGCCAAAGAAAGUGGUCUUUACUAUAAAGCAUUGCCCAAUACGCGAUAUUUUAAAAAAGGAGACCAGCCAAACGCUUGCAAAUCACAAAAGUCUCGGCUAACAUUGCUAUUUGUUUGUAAUUCUACCGGCUCCUAUAAACAAGUUUUUUGUAUAGGAAAACCGAAAAAAUCGAUAUCUUUCAAAUACAAAAACCUGCCGAUAACCUAUUAUUCGAAUAAAUAUGCUUGGAUGACAAAUGUCAUCUGGAAUGAGAUACUGUCCAUUAUAGACAAAGAAAUGCAAGAAAAUAACAUGAAAAUUUUAUUGUUUAUUGAUAACGCAGCUUGUCACAAAGUAACUAUACCGUUGGAAAACAUAAAAAUCCAUUUUCUUCCUCGAAAUAACACUGCCCUUAAACAGCCAUUAGAUCAAGGCAUUAUACAUUGUUUUAAAUAUCAGUACAGAAAAAUUAUUGUUACAAAACAACUAUGUGCUUUGAAAAAGGGUUUAACCACUAAUCUAUAUAUAUAA